AAACAUUAUUAUUGUUUUCAGCGUUUUCAGUCCUCAGUGUUGGGUUCGACUGAACGGAAAUUACGUUUCAACAAUAUUGCAAAGUUCUUAAUCUUAAGAUGCUUGAUUUAGAAGUAAUCCCUGAGAGAUCGUUGGGUUGCGAACAUUGGGAGUUUAUAUUAGGAAUGCAGUUUUCUCAAGCAGUUUGCAUCUGCAUGUCUCAGGUAGCAGUUAUGAAGAGAGUCCAAGUAAUAUAUAAUGAGAAUGACCCUUUGGCUUCUGACCUUAUUUUAAGUCUUACUUUGGAUGGAAUUCGCCUUUUAUUUGAUUCAGUUUCACAGCGCCUAAAAGUGAUUGAGAUUUUUGCCAUGAAUCUCAUCAAACUGAAAUACUGUGGCCUGGUUUUCAAUUCAACUGAUGUUAUCCCAACCAUAGAUCAAAUAGAUCAUUCUUUUGGAGCUACACACCCUGGAAUAUAUGAUCCUGAGAAAAGAAUCUUUACUCUAAAUUUCCGUGGCCUAUCUUUUACCUUUCCAGUUGAACAGGCUAGCGAACCGAGAUACGUUCGAGGACUUGGAUCGCUUCAAUUCACCAACGGCGCGUCUCCUAUAGCAACAAAGAUGUUCAUUUUCAGUGGAAACAGCUUGGUUGACAGCAAACCACCUUCGCUACCGAUAUCCUGCUUUUUUUCUCAUCCUUAUCUGCAAUGGCUCGAAGUUAUUCGUCAUAAUGGAUGUACAUCUGGUAUCAAGCUCUCCAUUAUUUGUGAAGGUCCAUCUCAAGUAUUGGAACCUAGACGACAUGCCUGUGUCCAGGAAUUAUUUUUUGGAGCUUCUGCCGAAGAUGUGCUUACGCUGUUGGGAGCUCCAUCUCGCGUGUUUUAUAAAGACGAAGACAAAAUGAGGAUUCACAGUCCACAGGCGCAUCGUCGAGCUCCAGCUUCUUUUUCGGAUUAUUUUUACAACUACUUCACUCUUGGAUUAGAUGCUUUAUUCGAUGGGAAAUAUCACAAGUUGAAGAAGUUCGUACUGCAUACGAAUUAUCCAGGACAUUACAAUUUCAAUAUGUAUCACCGAUGUGAGUUUAAGCUCCAGUUGCCGACCAAGGCCACUUCCGUCGAUAAUUCGAGAUUGGUCGAUUUAUCGCCGACAUUUAUCACUGUAUCUGCUUAUUCACGUUGGGAUGAAGUUUGCGAGAAAGUGCAGCCUAGUUCACGUCCGAUUGUUUUACAUCGAUCGUCAUCGACGAAUACAACAAACCCCUUCGGUUCUACGUUCUGCUACGGGGUUGAGGAUAUUAUUUUCGAGGUGAUGCCAAAUAACCUUAUAGCAUCUGUAACGCUUUACGCAUCCGAUGAUAUCUCGCAUGAAUUACAAUCGAAACAGACUGACGCCAUGAAUUGAUCUUAAGUGCGCAUCUCUUUCGUGAUUGUAUGUUGUUUGAACGCAAAAUAAUGUAAUAAAACACACUAAACAUUAA